AUCUGGACUUCUCUGCUGAAAUAUCAAAGCUGCUGUUGGUCCGUAUUGAUGCUUUUUACUGGGCAGGUCUGCAUGGUAGGUUCACUGUGGUCUCAGUGAGCUAAGAGUCAGAUCUCAGUUUAUGAUCUAUCACUGAUGUGUUUUCCCAAAGAAACAAUGGUGUCAAGACAACGCAGUGCAUUGUGUUGAGUAUUUGGCAAACAGCACUUUAACUGAUUUUUUUUUCACACCAGAAAUUUGCCCUGUUGUAGUAGAAAAGGUGUUUCUGAAUAAUAGAUGUGACUGAUAACACUAUUGAUGACAUGGCUCUGUUUAAGUGUUUCAGGAAGCUCUGACAUUGAGCCACCCUUUACAACACCUGGGGGCCAAAUUCACAAAGAAUGUGAGAACUUUGCCUAAACAUUUCUAGCAAGGAUUCUUAGCUUAGGAGUUACUUAGAAAACCUCUCGGAGCCACUCUGAGCGUGGAAAGGGAACCAAACGUUAACGUAUUGAGGAGGUGUGGUUUACCCUGUUGUUAUAGGACGCAUUAUUUAGUGCGAUUGGUUGAUCCCAAAGACACACUGUACUCUGUGACCAUGAGUAUUUUGGACAGUGAAUCGAAUUCUCUUUAUUCUAUGAUAUAUUCUUAUAUAAUAACUAAAUCUAUUCGAUUGUAACAGAAGAAAAUAGCUUGGGUUAUAUCAGUUUCUCUGUCAGCGGUUCAAUUCAACAUACAACUCGAUAAACCAGUAAACAUCGUUGCAUUUUCCAGUUGCCAAAGAUCUCUGAUUCCUUUUAACUUUGUCUGUUUUAACAUAUCAACCUAAAACAAUAUAUUGUGAUUCAUUAACUCACUUUCAGGAUAUUUGUCUUUCCAUCAUUUCCUAAGUUUAAGAAAUCUUUAUAUAAACUACAUAAAGGUUUAUGAAUACGGCCCCAGGAUCCUGACACUGAAGCAGAAUAAUGGCUUCCUUUGUUAUAUUGUGUUCUUUUCUUUUACUACUGUAACCCUUUUAAAAGGGGCUGUGAAUAUGUGUUGGAAAUGCGUUCAACCAACUUCUAAAGAAACCAGAAUUUAAAUUGCUUUAUUUUUUUAUAUUUUUUUUACAAACCUUUGUCUUAAACUAUGUUGACUGCACUUAUUCUUUUAAAAUGAUUUUUUUUGUAAGGUUUUCUAACUUCUUGCCACAAUUUGUAUCUUUGCUUGAAGCACAACCUGGAACAAAUCAAUUAAAAAAAAAACAACACUUAUUUUCUCCUGUUUGUUGAUGAUGUUUAAAAUUCCGCUCAGUUGUGGAUGAGGUAUCCAGAUAUUGACUUAGUCAUACACGUAAAUAUACUUUAUACGUUGUAUUUAAUGGCUUUUUCAGAGUUUUAUUUUGUUAUAGAUGUUUACAACUAAAUUAAUUUAGAAUAUUUCAAUAUUCAUAAAAGAUGACUACUGCACAAUGACACAUACAAGUACAACACAAUCUAUCUUCAGCUAGUAAAAACGUGUUCUUAAAACAAAAAACGCUUUUUUACAUUUGUCCAAUCUGCUCUUCGAUUGAACAAGGUGUUAUUAUGGGGUGUUGGAGUGCAAACAGUGAGGAGAUUAUUUAAACCCGUCCAGAUUAAAUCAAGAAUGUUCCGAUUUGGUCAUCCGCGCAUCAAGUCCCCUGAUAGAUCUCAGUCUUCUUCAUUAUCGCUCUGAUUCUCAGUGAUUAAAUCGAUACUCCGACAUGGGCUGAUAGGCUAAUAUGCCAUCGGGGGGGAAACGCUCAAUCAUCUCCGCAACCCACGUGACUCCGCUACAGUGUCCCUCGCGACGCGUCAACGAGCCUCUUUUCUAGUUAGCGAGUCGAGACGAGCGCGAAAGGUUGAAUUUUCCCAAUUCAACGGCUCCAAAACACAUUUCAAGCCUAUCGACAAUGCAACAUGUCCCCUGAUGGAUAAUAAACAUAAUUUAUACUACGUUGUGUUUUAAAGAUGUUGUUCAAAACGUACAUGGGAAAGCGCUUAAAUUGAAAUAAUGGUGUUGCAUCGUUUUUUGAAGCUUUAUUUACUUAUUUAUAGGUUUUGUGUUACAUAACACAUAUUACAAACAUUUGUUCUGUUACUUAAGAUAAAUUAUAAACAGACAUUACGAUUAUGCAAACCUUUAUUUUGGAAAUAUUGAAUCAGCAUUGCUGCUGUUCACGUUUACAUUUGAACCAGUUACCGUUUACUUUUUGCCCCAAUUGACAGCCAAAUAGAAAUUUCCUCACAAUAGUUUAACCUAUCAAAAGUUGGAUAUUGUGAAGCCACUUUAUCCAUUUAACUAACUGGGUUUGACGUACGUUUGUUUUUCAAAAAAGGUAACUAUUCUUAAGACCCUGAUUACCAUUCCAUCCUAACUUCACACCAAUCACCUCUUAAUCUGUGCGAGCAGUCCUUGUGUUGUUACGCUGAUUGAAAGCAUCCGCCCCCAUUAUUGAACUGGAUUUGGGUCACAUCCAUAAGAGCCGUCCGCGCUGUUGGGCUCAGUGUUCUCCCGUGACCUCCGCUCACAAGAAGCCCUUGUUGAAUUCGAACAUUGAAAUCUGACCCUGACUGCUUCCACCUCGGGAGCAACUUUUUUAAAUCACCACACCUCUGCCACCAGUGGACAUGGGGACUUGAGGAGAUGCCACUCGGACUUGUCGGGACAGGUCACUUUCCACCGCCUGUAAACAUCACAUGUUUGUGAUAUGACAUCCUCCCGUUUAUCUCAUCCAGGCCCCUGUGCUUAACACCCGAUAUCCACCCUGAGAGGACCUCAUCAGCCUUUGGGAGGACUCCCUGCCAGAUGCCCCGCAGAGGUGGAUUUGGCCGAAGCUCGUUUUUUUUUUCAUCUGUUGUUGUGGAUUGUUGAGGAUUUCCGUGCUUAGUGUUUUUUUUUUCGGCAGUGAAUGGUUGGCAGUGCAAGCUCAGUGAUUCCCUUGAAACCUAUGGGAGUUUCAAGUGGACACGGGUCUGGGAUCACUAAAGAGUGAAACGCAAUCUGCCGUUUUCUCAGCGAGCCGCUUACGAGACCAGAAAAUUUCAGUUUCAUGGUUACAAGAUGACAAUGGCAUCUAUCAAGUCCAUCCUCGGUGAGGCUGGACAUUGAAACUGUGCAUGACCACUGAGCCGGACCUUGAAUAUUGAAUUAGCAUGAUUGGCACGGUACCUAGUCGCUUGAAUCCCCACCUCGAAGCCAAAGGUUAGGCACCCGGCGUGCCCCAAAGCGCUCUUAUAGCGCGCGUCUUUGGCUCCUCUUCUCCUCCCUCCGCGGUGCGAUUCUUUCUGCAUGUCUCCCACCAUGGUGGAGCACAGCGGCCUGGAUAUCAUGUGUCUGAACAAGUACUGUCACAGUUCCUCCUCGUCGUCCAGUUCCGAGCAAGACAAGAAGGUUUUCACCAAACUAAGACUCAGCCUGUCAGGGGAUUACCCGAGGAAGAACGCCGAGAUCCUCAGCGGUCAGUACGGCACCAACGUGCUGCUGAUCGGGGCGGCGUUGAUGCUGGCCAUCGCGCACCACGGCCCCUCCGUCAAGGAAGAGCACCUGCUGUCCUUUGUCACCUGCCUCAUGCUCCUGCAGCUGAUCUGGAUGAUGUGGUACAUCCUGGUGCGGGACAGACAGAAGAACACGCGCACCGAGAAAGACGUCCACGCCACCACAUGCUGGAUAAGAGGUGGUUUGACUCUGCUUGCGCUCCUUUCACUGAUAAUGGACGCGUUCCGAAUCGGGUACUACGUUGGGUAUCAGUCCUGUGUGUCGGCGGUGCUCGGGGUGUUUCCUGUCAUCCAUGCAACUCACACCAUAGCACAGGUGCACUUUCUCUGGUUUCACAUCAAGGAUGUCAUCAAGAGCUUUGAAACAUUUGAGAGAUUUGGUGUCAUCCAUGCGGUCUUUACCAACCUCCUCCUCUGGUGCAACGGUGUCAUGUCAGAAGCGGAGCACUUCUUAAACAACCAUAAGAGAAGACUCUCGGCCCUGGGCUACGGAAACCUCACUAUAGUGCACUCAGAGCCCCACUGUAACUGCACCACUAGCACUUGCUCCAUGUUCUCCAGCAGCCUCUUCUAUCUCUAUCCCUUCAACGUCGAAUACCACAUCUUUGUCUCUGCCAUGCUCUUUGUCAUGUGGAAGAACAUCGGAAGGACCAUGGACCUUUCAUCAAACCAAAAGAGGCUGGCUACCAAAACCCAGGGCCUGACCGUAGGCCCCAUUCUGGGUUUACUUGCACUGGCCAGCACUAUUGGGAUCCUGGUGGUCUACAUCACCCACGUAGAAGAAUCCCUCCAAACUCGCCAGUCAGCCAUUUCCAUGUUCUACAUUUAUGGCAUUGUCAUGCUGGUGUCCAUGUGCUCUGCCGGCGCUUUGGGCCUUCUCAUAUACCGAGCGGACCACGUGCCGCUGGACACGUCUAAGAACCCGUCCAGACAGCUGGACACGGAGCUGCUGUUCGGUUCCUCUAUUGGAUCUUGGCUCAUGUCGUGGUGCAGCAUAGUGGCCGUGUUAGGCACCAACAGCAAUCCUCCUUACCGCUGGACAAACCUCAUCUACUCUCUGCUCAUUGUGCUGGAGAAGUACAUCCAGAACAUCUUUGUCGUAGAGUCCCUGUAUCGCCAGCAAGAAGACGGACAAAGCGAGGACCCGGAGUUACCGGUGGCUCCAGAAAUCUUCUCGGUGACUUCCUCUUUGGCCCCGCCGUACGAUGGCAUCAUCAACAGGGCCUACGACAAGCCAGACCGGACCUGUGUCACCAUGGAGAACGACCAGGAAGAAAGCGGACAGGUGUACAGAUGUCCAAGGAAACCUUCUGGGGUGUCGCUGCCUGUUGGAAGCAAAGUGAAGGAGCCCACGAACAUCAAGAGGCAAAUCCUGAAAAACAUUGCGGUCUUCCUGAUAAUGUGCAACAUUUCGCUGUGGAUCCUUCCUGCCUUCGGCUGCCGCCCGCAGUACGACAACGGGUUAGAACAAGAGACAUUUGGUUUCAGUGUAUGGACCACAGUUCUCAAUUUUGCCAUUCCUUUGAACCUUUUCUAUCGCAUGCACUCAGUUGCCUCCCUGUUUGAGGUAUUCCGCCGGGUCUGACAGUAAAAGGGCAGAUGACUGACAAUGGCAGAUAACAUGCACAAGAACGGCGGUCCCCCGGCGUCUCCCGAGAGCGUCUCGCAGCCGCUCAGGAGGAAGUCCGGGUCAGGCUCCGAGAGACUUAAAAACAAGCUGCAGAGACGAACAAAGCGAUGAGCCCUCAGUGUGGGGAUAACUGAGUGAACCUAUUAGCCUACAUUCCACGAGGAAUUAUCUUUUAUUAUUAGAGAAUUAUUAAAAAUCAUGAUGAAUGGGGCCGUUGGUUUAAAAAACUGCAAAAGGGCCUUUUUAACUUUUUUUUUUUGUAGUCACAUCUAAGUUGAGUUUUCUCACAGGUUUAGCAUGCUAUACGUACAUGCUGAAUAUGACACGCACAUUUUGUACUGUUUCCGUAGCUGAAAGUGUAUAAAAAACUACUCACUAAAUACUACAGCUAAGCUACUAAAACACUCUCAUGGUUCUCAACCAUCUAAUAGUACGAUUUUCAACGGAGCCACAAGUGCACUGGUGCACAACUUGACUCAUAUUUUCUUUGCAUGUAAAAUGUUCACACGGAAUAUGGAUAUGGUUCUCAUUUAAUUAGCUUAGUGGUAGAAGUCGAUCGGAAUAGUAUGCAACACUUGAGCAACAACAAUAGUGCCAAUCUUAGCACUAUAUUUUAAAUAAUAUUUUUGGGUUGGACUAUAGUUCUCAGCCUCACUGUCAUUAAAAGUUUGUCGAUGUCCUUUUGCAUGAUGACUCUUGUUUUGGUCGAGUUGAAUGGUAAGUUGUGUUCAAAACUAUUACUUGCACUGUUUUGAUUAUACUGGAGUAUCCACAUUAUUAUUAUAUUAUAUAAUAUUGAAAAGUGCACACUUACAUGACAAAUCUACCAACCAAAAAUGUUCCUUUUCAUAUAACGACAGCAAUGAGUUGAUGAAUGCGUAAUAUGAAAAGUGUUCAAAUCAGGUGCAUCUGUAUUGUUUAAGGUCUGGAUCUUGUAUCAGAAUAGUUGCAGAAUUAUUAUACCAAUAUUAAGUAAAUGUUUUUACUUUUUAGACCAGACCACAGAUUCUAAGUUUACACCUGAAAGAUCAGCAUUAAAAACUCCUGUCUGUAAUAUCAUUUUUCUUUUUGACAUAUGGAUAUACUGUAUACGUGUACUGUAUGAUUUUUUAUCAAAUCAAUGUAUAAUUUCAUUCAGUUCUCAACAUGGUGCUAUUUGCUUUAUGUGUUUUCACUAUGUGCCAAUUUGUGGGAAAAUCCUACAAUACUAUCAUCUUUGUAAAUACUGACAUGCUAAUCAAAGUCAAGUUUAAAAUUCCAAUGAAAUGGUGCUCUUAAAUAAUGAUGUGUACAUGGAGUGAUGGAUCUAUAUUCUU